CCAACUCAGUAUCAGUAUCAGUAUCAGUGUAAUUGUGUUAUAUUAGAACGAGCAUACUAAGAACAAAAACAGAGUUUGGAAGGGAUGCUUAAAAUUCGCAGCAAUUUCAAUGGCGUCCAAGCUCUCAACUUCAUCCAUGGAUUCCGUCAUCUUUUACUCUAUUCAACUUCAUCUUCAAUACCUACUCAAGUCAACUCUGGUUUCACAAAUUACUUGGUUGAUUUUCUAGGGUUUUCCAAGCAACAAGCUCUUUCAACUUCCUCUAAGCUCAUUCAGAAUCGCUUAGGUCGAGGUGCAAAAAAGGUCAGUGAAUUCUAUUUCAUUGAAAAUGCUAAUUCUGUAAUUACAUUCUUCAAACAAAUUGGAUUGGAUCAAUCUCAUAUUCGAAACGCUGUAGUUUCUGAACCCCAAAUUUUGUUGUGUAAUGUUGAUAAAAUCCUAGCUCCGAAGACCCAAGUUCUUCGUGAUUUGGGGUUCUCUGGGUCUGAUUUUGCUAAGCUUAUAAAGGUGAAUCCUUCUAUAUAUUUUAUGGGUUUAGAUUCCAAUAUUGUUCCUGCAAUCCAAGCUUUGAGAGAAAUUAUGGGAUGUGAACACCUAGUGAUUAGAAUUCUGAAAAAAUCGAAUGGUUUGAGGCUUUCGUGUAUUCCCAAAGUGUUGGUGCCUAAUGUAGCUUUGUUGCGGAGUUAUGGAAUUUCCAUUGAAUCAAUCCGGAAAUGCCUUCUUAGGGAUGCAUCCCCGUUUCUUCGAAACGUCGAUUUUUUUGAGAAUGCAAUGAUUAAGGUUGGAGAGAAAUUGGGGAUUUCUAGUGUGUCUCCGCGGUUCUUGUCCGGUAUCAUGUUACUGACCUCUGUUAGCGAGAAGACUAUUGAGUUGAAACGAGAAGUGUUUAAAAGUUUUGGGUGGACUGAGUCUGAUAUUACAACUCUUUCAUCAUCAAGUCCUUUUCUUUUGGCACUCUCUGAAGCUACCAUCAAGAAAAAAUUGGAUUUUCUUAUGAACGAGCUGGGUUACGAGCCUAGUUACUUGUCAAAGAGGUGUAACCUGUUAACUUGUAGCCUGGAGAAGAGAAUAUUGCCUAGGCAUAAGACCCUCAUUGUCUUGAAGGAGAAAGGAUUUAUUAAGGCAGAUUACAACUUUCAAACUUGCAUUUCAGUGACCGAGUCUCAGUUCUUGAAGAAGUUCGUGUUACCAUUUAAGGAAGUCCAUGGAAUUUAUUCCCAACACGCAGGUAUUAGUUUGGAGUUUCUGACUCUUGGAUCAUCGAAAACAAAUUCCAAUGCAUCUUGAUGCUUGGUAAGCCUGCAAUUCAGCAUGUAACAUUUAUUUUAUUGAGAUUAGUAAUUUCACCAAAAACACUCCAAUGCAUCCUUCUAGCUGAUGAAAGAACGGUUGAAUAAAAAUUUGUUAUCUUUGAGUUUUGACUCA